UUAAGAACUUUCAGCCUUUAGCACGCUCGUUCUUUUUCUUGGUCUCGUGUGUCCCGUUUCAUUAAUGCAUCUACGUUGCACGCGCCAUCGAUAUCAAUAUAUUUUGCUUGUGUGUUCACCGUUUCUGCAGCCCAACGCUACGCUAUGACUUGUCCCAAAUCCAUGCUUUCCUAACAGUCACUCUCUCAGUCUUCUCUGAAACACCACACAAAUCUUUUAUCCAGUAAUUCGUAAGAUCCUCGAAUUACAAUGUCUUACUAUACUUCCAUCGCGCAACUCGGAAUAUGCCAUAUUGAUCAAUUGUUUCACCACUAUUAAAACAGGUUUUUAAAAAGUGUCUUUUACAAAUAACAUUACGUUUUGCAUUACAGUAUUUUUGUAGACUUUUCCUUUAUUUCGUUCAAUUAAAUAUUGUCUCCCACAUCGGAAACCUUUAAUUGUUAUAGAUGUCCAGCGAUUAUUCGCCUACAACGUGCAAAACACGGAUGCUUCCAUUUUAUCGCUUUUCAGUCUGCUUCAAUUGCCGCCCAGAUAUAAUUAAACCUUUUAUCAUACAUUUCUAUAGUUUUCUUCUAUGCUCCCGGUCAGUUUGGCGUUAGUGGUUGGAUUACUUCCAUUUGUAAGUCAGACCAGCCACGUGAUAUUGUUGUUUUCUUCUUAAAAUAAUUGAUAUAACUAAUUAUAUUUAAAUUAUAUGUUAUUAGUGCAUUAUUACCCACAGCAGAAAAGACAACUUUAACAUAACAAAUUAUAACACAUGUAGCGAGCCACCGUGAACCAUCUCGUCUCUCCCCGUCGCUAUCUAACUACGUCACUUAAACACACAGUACUAAUUGAACAUGUCAGCUUGAUGUUCACUCAUUACAUCGUACAUUACCUGAAAAUAUCAAUAAAAAAGUAUUUAACGUCAAUAUUCAUAAGCAAUAUUACAAAGCAUAAUUACAUUUUAAAACAUUUUGGUUGCUCUUGCUUUCAGAAUGCACAACGUAACAUGUAGCAUCUCCUACUACUCAGCUAUUAAAUGGAGGUUAUUGUAUGUGUUUUUUUUUUUUUUUAAUUAGCACCCAUCAAGACUUGACACAUUACAUACGUAUGGGAAUGCAUCAUUGCAUCUUUAAUUAACUUAAGAAUUUUCACUAUGUCCUUCCAUUGAAGUGAUGAACAAAUUUCACGUAUUAUGUAUAAAGACAAUAAAAAGUCAAUUUGAUAUAUUUGCUACAGUAAUUUUACAAUCUUAAUCAACAUCGAUGCGCUUGUACAACGUGAAUGGAAAGCGGAACUAUUGUUCUCAGUACAAUGUACACGGUGGGGGCUCUCUUUACUGUGACACCAACCUUUCACCCCUCAGUCUUUCCCCUUUGUGUUUUGAGGUAGCUAGUUAGUUUUUUAGCAGUCAAUUUAUCUAGUCAGUUUAAAAACACUUUUAAAUCGAAAGUAUACUUUAGAGUCGGCUAAAUGCAGCGUAUGUUUUAUAAUAUUGACAUAGUGUUUUAGAGUUUUCUCGUUGACUGGACUACAUGGAAAAAUAUUGGAUGUCAGCGGAUCAUUCCGACUGUGUUUCUACUACUGAUGCUCCGAGCUACCAAGGAGCGUAAACACUGAACUGCCACAAGGCGUCCGCAGCGGAAUAUACCACCGCCACAGAAUGGGAGAGAAGAAGCCCGAACCACUGGACUUUGUGAAAGACUUUCAGGAGUACCUCACGCAGCAAACCCAGCAUGUCAACAUGAUCUCGGGCUCCGUCAGCGGCGACAAGGAACCCGAGCCUCUCCAAGGAGGUCUGCACACAAACCCAGUUGGGAUGCAGUCAGAGGAUGGAGAUGGCGGUGAUAGUGCCAGUGUAGAGUACAGACCUAUGUUCUGUUUACCGGCAGCCGGUACAGAGAAUGACCAGAACGGGCUGGACCACCCGUCAGUGGAGGUGUCCCUGGAGGACAGCUCGGGCAUGCUGGUGGACGGCUUUGAGAGGACCUACGACGGCAAGCUAAAGUGCCGGUAUUGCAACUACGCCAGCAAAGGCACGGCACGCCUCAUCGAGCACAUCCGGAUACACACAGGUGAGAAGCCUCACCGUUGUCACCUGUGCCCCUUCGCUUCGGCCUAUGAGCGCCACCUGGAGGCUCACAUGCGCUCGCACACGGGAGAGAAGCCCUACAAGUGCGAGCUGUGCUCCUUCCGCUGCAGCGACCGCAGCAACCUGUCCCACCACCGGCGGCGGCGGCACAAGCUGCUGCCCAUGAAGGGGGCGCGCUCCGGCCUGUCCAACAAGAAGAUGCUCAGCGUCCUUCAGAAGAAGGCGAGCGGCCUGAGCUACAGCCGCCGCCUCCUCAUCAACUUCAGCCCGCCGUCCAUGGUGGUGCAGAAGCCGGACUACCUGAACGACUUCUCCCACGAGCUGCCGCACUUGCACCCCGAGGCCUACGAGGGCGUGGCCAAGGCGCACAUAGGAGGCGGGGCCGGCUCUCGAGACGCCCAUGACAUGAUGGCGGACAACCCACUGAAUCAGCUGUCCACUCUAGCAGGCCAGCUGGCCAGCCUUCCCCCAGAAGCCCAGGCCCCCGUGUCGCCCGACGGCCUGUCCUGCCGGGAUGAGAAGCCCUUCCUCAUUCAGCAGCCCAGCGCCGGCGCCGCCCCGGUGGCCAUACCCGCCAGUGUGGCCGCUGCCCAGGCCUCGUCCCCCACCACUCCGGAGCCGCGGCCGCCCGCACACCGCAAUUAUAGCCCUGUGGCGGGUCCCAGCAGCGAGCACAGUGCUCGCACCAGCACGCCCAGUGUCAGCAACAGCCAGCCCAGCACGCCGGCGCCCAACCUGCCCACGCAGGAUCCCCAGCUGCUGCACAGCUGCCAGCAUUGCGACACCUACUUUGCAGACAACAUCCUCUACACCAUCCACAUGGGCUGCCAUGGCUACGAGAACCCGUUCCAGUGCAAUAUCUGCGGCUGCAAGUGCAAAAACAAGUAUGACUUCGCGUGCCACUUUGCCAGAGGGCAGCACAAGCAGUGACUUUGGGGAGGGGGGGGGGGGGGGAGGCCAACUCAGACCAUCUUAAAUUAUUAUUUUUGUAAAUUUGCGAAUUCCGCUUUUAUUUAGGAGUCUACCCAGGCAAUUAAAUAUUUUCUCUUUCUAUUUUAAGAAGAUAUUUUACUAGGUGGUGUUUAUUAUUUUAUUAUUAUUAUUAUAAUUAUUAUCAUUAGACAAGCUAUUGUUUAAGGGGACAGUAAUCACGAAACAUACGUAAAGCGCUGCAUGUCUGAAGUCCCACCCCUUAUGAGGUCAUAGAGGGACGGCUGUAUUUUUUUUAUAUUAUUAAAAAAAAAAUGGCUUCUCUUAAAGGGGACACAGUGCAGCCUUAGCGCGCGAACAAUCCUCGCACGCGCAUGUGUCGGUCCUUCCCGCCGUUGAGUAGGGAAGGCUCCGGCAGAGCACACGACUGUUACUACGGCUCCUGACACCUCGGGUGGUCUGCGAGGAAGGGCCGGUGGAGCACGUUUGGCCGAGAAGGCGCGAAGCGUUCUGGAUCGUCCUCCUUCCUCCCGCAGAAGUCGAAGCUCCAGGUUAUGGUGAUCCCAUUGGAUCCUGUGAAAUAGCCUUUCGGUGUAGCGCACAUCACAUACACCUUUAGUCUCGGACAGCGUGAAGGUUUACAGAUGACAUUGACUGUCUCUGGGUGGAAAAUGGGGCAGGGCGAGUGCGUGCAUCACCACGCCAGACAAACUGGCUCGGAUUCAGGGGUCGUCCCUCAUAUCAGCACACUCCCGUUCCUCAAUGAGAUAAUCGCCUCCGGUAACACUCACUCACCUAAUCAGUAACCAGUAGCAUAGUGACGUUUACCCCCAUCUGCACCUAAUGUAAGAACUUGGUGGCCGCCGACACACCCAAAGCUGAAAAGCAUCACGCAAGUUGUGAUGACUUCCCGCUAACCUCCUGCAUUAAGUGCUGUAUUCAUGGGCUACGCCGAUGAAUCGUCAUCGAACGAGCCAGCGUUUAGCUACAGAAGCGCUAUAGAUAGUGGGAGGAGCUUCAGGAGGCGUGUAGGAGUCUCUGGGGUCACAUGGUCACGGCCUUGCUUUGGAGACGGAGGUUUUCUGGUGUCGGUCUCAAUCUGCGAUACCUCAGAGAGCACUAAAGGUGAUUGUUUAAGAUGUCUUGAGAACUAGAUCAGACUUAAUAAUUUCUGUUAACUUGUCAUAUGAUAGCUACCCAGGGGGUGUAAGUAAUGGAAAAUUAGCCUAAACAGAAAGAGAGAGUACAUGUUUGGAUAUAUGCUGUAGGUGCCGUCUAGAAUACCUGAUGAUUUUUGCAUCCACUGGUGCCAUUGUCAGACUCCAAGUCCCUCUGACAUCACUAAAUGGAGACAGUUCCUUUACUGUGGACUGGCCUCAAAUUAUGACAUCACCGCGUCUCCCGUGCUGGCAGUGAUCAGCGCACAUAUCACCUUGUGUCUGAAGUAACCCGCCAUCUUAAAACUAGCCUCGCUACAUAAAACAAACCAAGCCUUUUAAGAACUUGAAUUUUAACCGUUCUGUCACGUCAAGGCCAAAGUGUUCUAAUUAACCUUUUCAAAGUAUUUUUUUAGAUAGCAUAUUUUAAUAGCACUGUAGCAGUUUGAUGGACUCACCCCGUGUUCUUACAAAAAUCUGUGAUUUUUAACUAUCUGUGCGCCUCUUUUAAGUAUUGAGAUGAUUUGCACAUUUUCGGUGUGGCUGUCGUGAGUCCCUGUUCUGUACUUGGUCAUUUUUUGUUAGACGAUACGGGUGUGUGGAGUAAAUCUGUCCAUAGUGAUGUCAGUCGGUAGGUACAUGUGUGAUGGAGUUUAUUAUUAUUGUUUAGUUUAAUGCCGCUUUUCCAAAAGGCCUUUUUUCCAUACAGAUCUACGAAUCCCCCACCACGUGAGUUUUGGUGGUCAAAUAGAAUCAUCCAGUUCAGCAUUCACAAUGUAGCAGGGAACUGAAAAUGCUUGAUUUGCAAUGGAGAUCUGACCGAGACGUCACUGUCAAUGUAGAUCUGACCGAGACGUCACUGUCAAUGGAGAUCUGACCGAGACGUCACUGUCAAUGGAGAAGCACAAAGCCUUCAGCAGCAGUGGGAGGGUUGGGGGAGGGGGUACAAACAGUGUGGAGUAAAGCAAAUUACAAGUUUGACUAAUUUAUAGAAACUAUGAACACAUGAGGGAUGUGUGUGUGGUUUUUUUUUUCUUUGUACUUCUCACUACAUUUAGAUACUUGAUUCAAGAUGUUUGAGAGGCCCAGCCCUGCGGUCAAAUGGGGUUAGGGGCAGGUACACGGAAUCGGAAUCGUUCUUCAGUGUUACGGCAGGACGGGAGACCAUUUUUAAGACUUCCACAUUUUCGGAGCUCUUAAAGCAGUUAUUAAAAGUUGCUUGAGAUGAUUGUCUCCUUAGAAGUGAACCAAGUUCUUCACCUGCACGGAAUGCAGCGCAGAAGCCAUUUUGAACGAGGGGGGGGUCUUUAAGUCUAUGGGUUAAUCGGUCGGUCAGUCAUCUGAAAACAUCCACAAAAGAAGGCCUUUAUUUAAUUAUGAACUUAUAGUAACUUUCAUGCUUUAAUUUAUUACCCUUUACUAAAAUGUGUAUGUUUUUUGCCUUGAGUUAGAAUAUGGUGUAAAUAUGACUUUUUGUCAUUCGGUCUUAUAACUACACGUAAUGGGAAGGUUGUCGUGGUGACAAUCUUCCCGGCGUCUCCAUUUCUUCUGAUUUCAGAAUGUUGUCUAACCAGCUGAUGCUGAUUUAAUUUUGGUAGGGAAAAAAAAUAAUAGUGGCUGUUAACUAGAUAAUAUAACAAUCUCUUACCAUGUGGUUGGUACAUAAAAAUGUACAUUAUAUUCAAGAAGGCUUAUAUAGAAACCUUUAUUUGUAAUGUGGAAAAGUGUAUUUCCAUCAAAAGCCUUUUAUUUUUUUUGUGCCUGGAAGUAAAUAUCACUUUUGUGACUGUAAUCUCACAAGAAACCAGUCGGUAGUGUUUUAUUAUAGAAACUAUUGUGUGUGUGUGCGUGUGCAUAACAUCAUUCUGGGAUGCAGUUGCUGUUCCUAGAGGAAGAUUUGGGGUGAUGAGUUUGUGUCAGGGGAUAAACCUGCUGCAAAAUCGUGUUGUGCUUGUUGUAACGUACACGUGGAAAGACGGUUUGUGUAGAAAUAAUGUUAACAGAUGUCAUUUACAAUUUAAAUGCCCUGCUUUUUGUACAUUCUAAGUAAACAACUUUCUAACGGCG